AUGGCGGGUACCCAGAUAGGAGCAGCUCUGCAAUACCCAAGUUGGACCAGCCACCAUCGCUGUCGGGGACGCAUCUCCCUCAGCCGGGAUCUAUGGGAAAAGUUAAAGGACAAAAAGACGUCAUUGACCAAAUUCACCAUCAACGAUGUGGUACGGAGUGGACUUCUAGUUCCCAGUAGUGACAUUGGAGUCUAUGCAGGAGACGAGGAGUGCUAUUAUCUGUUCCGUGACGUUUUCGACCCAAUUACAAAAGAGUGCCACGGGAUCAACGAGAUACCUGUCCACAUCUCCAACCUGGACCCUCGCAGUUUGACGUCUGUGAUUAAGAACAAAGCGCCGAUCCGGUCGACUAGAUGUAGGGUGGAGAGUGAUGAGUAUCAGGCUGGUGCAGGGAUAGGCCGGGACUGGCCGGAGGGUCGUGGCAUCUUUUACAACAAUGCCAAAACGUUUUUGGCGUGGGUAAACGAGGAGGACCAUCUUAGAAUCAUUUCUAUGCAGAAAGGAGCAAAUGUCGAGCAAGUGUUCGAUCGUCUGUGCCGUGGCAUCAACGCCAUCAACAAGGCCCUACUGAAGCAAGCGCAGACUGAGUUUGCGUUUCACAAGCAGUAUGGCUACCUGUCGAGCUGUCCUACAAACCUAGGCACGGGCAUGCGCGCUAGCGUCCACAUGCACAUCCCCAACACGCUAACGGAGUCCCAAUUCAAGAACAGGUGUUGUAAGCUUGGGUUGGACGUUAGAGGCCGACAUGGAGAAAAAUGUGAUAGUGACGGAGGUGUGUAUGACGUAUCCAACCUUCAGCGGCUGGGUAGUACCGAAGUGGAGCAGGUACAAACACUGGUUGAUGGCAUCAACUCCAUUUGA